AUGUUCCUUCCACUCAUCAUUCUUGCCAUCAUCUUCUGUGCGGUCUCUCUUUACCUUCCGUACUCUGCUGGUCUAACUCACCUUGAGAGAAAAAAGAGACAAGCAAGACAGCAGAAAGAAAAACCAAAAGAGAACGAUUUUCACGGCUACAUUCCUCCAGAUGAGGAGUUGAGGAGACAGAGGGAGCAGGACGAACAAAACGGGUUGAAGGCAAGAGCCAGCGCCAUCAAGGAGAAGUUGCAUGUGACAGCAGAGGAUUUGCCUGUGCUGAUCAAGUUGAACCAGGACGGAGGGUUGAGGAAAAGAACAGAGAAGAUCUCGGCUGACGCAGACCCAAACAACUACGACUACGACUUGGAGGAGUUAAUUGAGGAUGAGGCAAGGGAGGCCAACGAGGAGCGGAUUCGGGAAGCCUACGCUGGGCAGAAGCUAGGCGGCGACAAGGAAGAGAUGGUGUAG